AUGUCACCUGACAGCAAGCAAAUAGAAACCCAGUUUUAUUUAGUUCUGUAUAACGGUGAUUGCUCCGAAAUAGAGCCCAUGGAUUCAAUGAAAUCUGCAUUCAAGUCCUCUAUCAUCGAAUUAGUAGGACGAGAUGAUAUUAUUGUCGAAGUUGAAGAAGUUGUUUGCGGCUCAAUUGAGGUAGUGUUUUCUAUCACUGGACAAAGACUUGACGAGACAAGAGACAUACUUUUAUCAUCUCGAAAAGAGCUUAAGUUUGGGAUGAAUGGCAAAACAUUUACUGCCAUUUCCAUCAAACAUCUGUCGAACAAAGAGAUCACAACCACCGCUGCAGUACCAAGUUCGGCGCCUACAGCUACCUUAGAACCAGAUCUUGGGAUAGAAGCUAUAGGGGAAACGGAGAAAGACAAAGAAAGGCGUACCGUCUUGUUAGUCUACGUACUUUUCGUUUCUCUGUUCGGAGUAAUGUCUGUAUUCGCGGUAGCUGCAUUUAUAUUAUGGUUUUAUAGUAGAAGAAAAAAGGUCAAACUUCGCUUAAACACAGGUAGCCCAUACUCCAGAAACACAUCUCGUAAACACGAAAAACAUUUGGAGCUCACAAAGCUUUCGCCGCUGCAUCAUUUUGCGGAUUUUUAUGGCGGGAAAGAUGCAUUGUCACAUUCGGAUGACUCUGGCGACGAGGAGAACGCGACCACUUCUGCGCUGAUUGAGAAGCUGCGGGGGACUGGGGAUGUUGGACAACAAGGGUUACCAAGCCAAAGGUUUGUCGAGGGUCUGGAUAGCCAGGUUUACCAGGUCAAAGGGUUUACAGAGGGUCUGGAUAGCAAGGAUUACCAGGUCAAAGGGUUUACUGAGGGUCUGGAUAGCAAGGGUUGCCAGGUCAAAGGGUUUACUGAGGUUCUGGAUAGUGAGGGUUGCCAGGUCAAAGGGUUUACCGAGGGUCAGGAUAGUGAGGGUAACCAGGUCGAAGGGUUUGCCGAGGGUCUGGAUAGCAAGUGUUUCCAGGUCGAAGGGUUUACUGAGGGCCUUGAUAGUGAGGGUUACCAGGUCAAAGGGUUUACUGAGGGUCUGGAUAGUGAGGGUUACCAGGUCAAAGGGUUUGCUGAGGGUCUGGAUAGCAAGGGUUUCCAGGUCAAAGUGUUUAUUGAGGGUCUGGAUAGUGAGGGUUACCAGGUCAAAGGGUUUACUGAGGGUCUGGAUAGUGAGGGUUGCCAAGUCAAAGGAUUUACUGAGGGUCUGGAUAGUAAGGGUUUCCAGGUCGAAGGGUUUACUGAAGGUCUGGAUAGCAAGGGUUGCCAGGUCAAAGGGUUUACUGAGGGUCUGGAUAGCAAGGGUUGCCAGGUCAAAGGGUUUACUGAGGUUCUGGAUAGUGAGGGUUGCCAGGUCAAAGGGUUUGCCGAGGAUCUGGAUAGCAAGGGUUUCCAGGUCGAAGGGUUUGCCGAGGGUCUGGAUAGCAAGGGUUUCCAGGUCGAAGGGUUUACUGAGGGCCUUGAUAGUGAGGGUUACCAGGUCAAAGGGUUUACUGAGGGUCUGGAUAGUGAAGGUUGCCAGGUCAAAGGGUUUACUGAGGGUCUGGAUAGCAAGGGUUGCCAGGUCAAAGGGUGUACUAAGGAUCUGGAUAUUGAGGGUUUCCAGGUCGAAGGGUUUACUGAAGGUCUGGAUAGUUAUGGUUUCCAGAUUGGAGGGUUUACUGAAGGUCUAGAUAGCGAAGGUUACCAGGUCGUAGGGUUUACUGAGGGUCUGGAUAGCAAGGGUUACCAGGUCAAAGGGUUUACUGAGGGUCUAGAUAGCAAGGGUUACCAGGUCAAAGGAUCUACUGAGGGUCUGGAUAGCAAGGGUUGCCAGGUCACAGGGUUUACUGAGGGUCUGGAUACUGAGGGUUUCCAGGUUGAAGGGUUUACUGAAGGUCUAGAUAGCGAAGGUUACCAGAUCAAAGGGUUUACUGAGGCUCUGGAUAGCAAGUGUUGCCAGGUCAAAGGGUUUACUGAGGGUCUGGAUAGCAAGGGUUACCAGGUCGAAGGGUUUGCCAAGUUUAAUGCACUAGCCUGCGGCCACCACUAGCUACAUAUAUGGCAUGCAUAACCCAUGUAGCCUCAAAGUCGUAAAAAAUAGGAGAUAUUUUAAUUAUAAAUUAUAGCAUGGCACAAGGGGAAUUUAGUGAUUAAAUGUCCCUGCAACUGAGGCAGUAAUACCAUGAUACUGAGGAAAUAAAAUCAUGACUACGAGUAA